UUCAGUCGAUCGAAGUGUACUUGUAAGCCCGUAAGCCGCCCAAAACGAACACAAUGCGUGGUGAGCUAAUUUGUGGUUUUCUCUCCAUCUUCUUGGUGGUGGCAAGUGCAUCAUCGAAACUACGCUAUGAUAAUUUUAAAGUUUUCAAAAUUAAAACCAAAAAUACGCAACAACGACAGAUGAUUGAGAAAUUGGCUGAAAAUACAAAAAAUUUCAAUUUAUGGCACAGCGACGAUAAAGAAGUUCAUAUUAUGGUUAAUCCAGAAAAGCUCAUAUAUCUACAAAACAUAACACGCUCCUAUCGGCUACCCUUUGAAGUAAUGGUCUCAAAUGUACAAAGUCUCAUUGAUGCUGAGGAGCCUACGCGCACCACCGAUGAUAGCAGCUCGUUUGGUUGGACCCGCUAUUAUCCACUUUCGGCCAUCGAGACAUACUUGGACCAAGUACUCACUGAGUUUCCCGCAGUUACCACGCAUAUAGACAUCGGCACAUCUUACGAGGGACGUAAGAUUCGUGGCAUAAAAAUCUCCUAUAAAGAGGGCAACCCCGGCAUUUUCAUUGAGUCCAACAUACACGCACGUGAAUGGAUCACAUCGGCCACGGCUACUUGGUUCAUCAAUCAGUUACUCACAUCCGAAGAUGCUAAUGUACGCAGCUUGGCUGAAAGUUAUGAUUGGUAUAUAGUGCCGGUUUUGAAUGUGGAUGGUUUCGUUUAUACUCAUGAAACGGAUCGCAUGUGGCGUAAGACACGCCAACCAGUCGAGGGUUCGCCCUGCAUUGGCGCCGAUCCCAAUCGCAACAGCGACUCACAUUGGAUGGAGAAUGGUGGUGCUUCCGACAAUCCAUGCAGCGAAACAUUUGCCGGCACACAUCCCUUUUCGGAGCCAGAGAUUAAGGCACUAGCUGAUUACAUAGCCAGUAUUAAGGAUCGCCUUAAUAUUAUGCUCGCUUUUCAUUCGUAUAGCCAGGUAUUACUUUCACCAUACGGACAUACAAGUGAGCUUGCCGAUAAUCAUGACGAUUUGAUGGCUGUGGCAAAAGCUUACUCUGAUGCUGUGAAGGAGUUGCCUUACGGCACGGAAUAUACUUAUGGUACAUCAGCGACAUCUAUGUAUUACACUUCCGGCUCGACCAGGGACUGGGUCUACAAUGAACAGGGCAUUCGUAUCUCUUACACUAUUGAAUUUCGUGAUACCGGCAGAUACGGUUUCAUCUUACCGCCAAUACAAAUAAUACCACAUUGCGAAGACACGCUCGCUGGUAUAUUGGCAUUGGUGAACAAGGCCAAAGAGUUAAAUUAUCUGGAGCCUAAAUACUCUAUCUGAAUAUAAUCACUCAAAUAUUUUUGAAAUAGUUAAAAAAAAAUUAAAUUCAAU